AACGCUGCCUUCACACGCGUGCACCUACACAAACACACCAGACAGCUCAGGUUUCAGGGAGCACAUUGUGAUAACUGCAGACUAUUAACUGGGGUUUAACAGAAAACUUUGCUUUUUCCAACAAGUAAAAGUCACAACAUGACUAUGUUCAGAGUGUCAUUUAUUGUUCUGCCUUUGCUCUGCCUCCUGACUGUCUACUGCGAGUCAACAGGUGUCCAUCUGCGUAACAUGGACAGCUUCAUCCGUGCUGUGGAACAGAUCGAAGCCUCCAACCCUGGCCUGUCCUCUCUUGCCCUGGUCAGGGCCCUGCGGAGGACGGCCGGCCACGACGAUUUAAUGACCGUCCACUUCUUGGGUGGAUCGCACAACUUUACUCAAGCCGAGCACCUAGAAACACACAUCCUCAACGCCUCAAGCUUCAGCUUCUUCGACAAGGCCAUCCACCACAUCGUGACCGAUCAUGGAGAAGAACGAGGGGUGGUUCUUGCUCCGGAUGGCACCACGGUCGCCCUGGCACCGUUACUGCUGGGCAUCGAAUCAGGACUGAGAGCCAAGGAGGAAGAGGCGCCUGCUGUUGGGCUCUUUCCACUCACCUUGGGCAGGACACUGGGUCUGUCUUUCCUCAGCCUCCAGGACUUCCCACCCUCAUCUCGCCUGGGGCCUAAUGGAUGCUGGGACAGUGUGGAACAUCCUAUGAUGUUCAAGUUGUCUCAGGCCCCCACUCUGGCUACUGAUGCCGUCAUUAACGGGGGCAUGGAUGGCGUUAUACUGGGCAUGGACCUGAGCAACCUGCCUGCAUCUGAGGAUCUGCCACACCUCAGUGAGGUUCUAAAGGGAUACUACGGUUUUGUUCUGGAUGAGGAGAAGGGCCUCGAUGCCAUGACUGGCCACAUUAGCCCACGACGAAGGGAGAUCUCCAGAUCCCUGCUGACGCCACUGCUGCAGAGCCAGGUGAUGGAGACGCUAAGGCUGGUCUGGAAGCUGGAGAACACUGAGUGGAUCGCUCUGGACACGGGCAUUGAGAAGGCAGUGAAGGAUGGUGUGGAGGCAUUUGAGCACAGGUACUGGGUCUGCCCUCAGAUCAUUCCUCGGUGUCAGUGGGGGGCCGCGGCCCCUAGAGGCGCACCCGCCCUGCUGUCGCUGCCCCUCCAGUACCUGUACGUGCAUCACACCUACGAGCCGUCCUCGCCCUGUUCUUCCUUCCCACAGUGCUCCAGCAACAUGAGGGCCAUGCAGCGCUUCCACCAGGAGGACCGAGGCUGGAGCGACAUAGGAUACAGCUUCGUGGUCGGCUCUGACGGCUACGUCUACGAAGGCCGAGGCUGGAACCAGGUGGGCACGCACACCAGGGGCCACAACUCGCUGGGCUACGGCGUGUCCGUCAUCGGCAACUACACCGCCGCCCCCCCCUCCCGCCACGCCACGGACCUGCUGCGCCACCAUCUGGCCAGAUGUGCCGUAGCUGCAGGAGCGCUGGCGGCCAACUUCACCAUCCACGGCCACAGACAGGUGGUGAACUACACCUCCUGCCCCGGAGACGCCUUCUUCUCAGAAAUACGACACUGGGAGCAUUUCAGGGAGCGACGGGAGCUCAGUUGAAGAUGUUCGGGACUUCUUGUGAUUUUAAUGUGGAUGAAAUCUACAUUAGCUCCAUAGAGCGUUCUCAAAUGCACAAACAAUUCCAGGUGUACAAAGUGAAUUUCCUGAUGUCCUACUGCAAUAAAAUAAAGUAUAUCAUA